AUGCCGCUCACGGCGGCUGAAAUCCUCGUCCAUCCCGCCUUUGAUACCGUCGACUGGCACCUGGAGCCCUCGAGGUCCGGGUAUUGCGAGGCGGCCCAGGGGAGGCAUGGAGGUCCGUUUAACCUCUACUGGGAAAUUCAUGGCAAGGGGGAUGUCAAGUUGGUGUGGAUCAUGGGCCUCGCCGCCUACCGCACCGCCUGGAAACGACAGACCAAAUACUUCGGCCACGACCGGUUGGAGAAGUACUCGUGCUUUGUGUUCGAUAACCGGGGGAUGGGUCUCAGCGACAAACCCUCAUGUCUAUAUUCUACGUCUGAGAUGGCCCGUGAUGUGAUUGACAUGCUCGAGCAUGUCGGCUGGCUAUCGCCGUCGUCUGUCACUCCCCACGACCCGGCACCCAACGCAAGCAGCACGAAUCUGACUCCCCCAAAACGAGACAUACACAUCAUCGGCGUCAGUAUGGGCGGGAUGAUCGCACAAGAACUCGGGCUCCUGAUCCCGCACCACGUGGCGUCGCUGUCGUUGAUCUCGACGGCGCCACGGAUCGUGCGCACUGUGCCGUUCGUGCAGAACCUACGCCAGCGCAUCAACAUGUUCAUCCCGCGCGACAUCGACGUGCAGCUGGACGAGAUCGCGCACCGCCUAUUCUCCGACAACUUCCUGGCCUUGCCGGACACGGAGCACCCGGAGCGCAACUUCCCGACCAACCGCGACCGCUUCGCCGCCGGCGAGCUGCAGAAGCGCAUGGACAAGGUCGGCUUCACCAAGAAGGGCUUCAUGCUGCAGGCCAUCGCCGCCGGCUGGCACCACAAGUCCGCUUCGCAGAUCAAGACCCUGGGGGAUGUGGUCGGCCGGCCGCGCAUCGCCGUCGUGCACGGCACCAUCGACCGCAUGAUCGACUUCAAGCACUUUGAGAUGCUGCGGGACGAGCUCUCCACCGAGCAGGACGGUCCCGACGGGUCCUGCGCGUUCCGCGUCUGGGAGGGCAAGGGACACGUCUUGGUGUGGGAGGUCGAAGACGAGUUCAACCAGUUUCUGGAGGACCGGUUCGACACGUGCGCGAGCAUGGCCGCCGGGGGCUGA